GGAAUACCGGAUAUCAUAAUACGGAGUCGGGAGGAAUACCUGACUAGUUUUGAGCGGGAGAAAGAGAACACAAACAAACCCGUACAAUCGGAAAUACGACCGAUCAACAAAGACCCCUCGUCACACGUUGACAGUUUUGCGAUACCGAGAAUUGAUGAAAAUAGUCUUUCACAGGAAGGUCCGAGUGCAAAGAGUAAUAACUCCGAAGGAAAUAUAAAUAAGAAUGAUUCCAUGGUGAACGGACCGUACAGUGCUCAUCCAGAGAUCUCGUCAGAUGACGAUGAAGAAAUUGAAGCAGAUGAAGAAUUACGAAAAAUGUUGGCCGGCUUGGAUAUUCCAAAGUUACCCAGUCUUUGGGAUCCUGAGCUGAAAAACCCUGAUCGUGACAAAUUCUUUGAAUCAGGAUAUGACUCUAG